UUCUAAAUAAUAAAUUAAAAUGUUUCACAUUUGACUAACGUUUCAAAUGUUAGAAAUCAAUAAUUUGGUAGGAAAAAAAAAGAUAUCAGAAGAGAAAAAAGUUUUUCACAAUUGUUUUGAAGGUGUACAGACGAGCAGUUUUAGAUAAUAUUUUGCUUAACCUCAACAAGUUCCACGAAUAAUUUUGGCAAUCUGCCAUAAGUAACAAAACGUCGAGCAUUCGACCAAUUGAAUAAGUUUUCCGUCAAGUUUGCUGUAAGAACGCGGCAGGAUGUCAAAGUUCUUUAAGAACUCAAUUGUUAUAGAGAAGCCGUCUAUCCAGGACCAUAGCAUCGCCACUUUGUUUCCGGUCAACAGAUUACCGGAACAAUAUCAUUCGCUCAUCGAAGCCCUGAGGGGAACGAUGGAUUUCACUCACAAGCGAGUCUAUCAGAUUCUAUCGGCCAUUCUUGGACCUCUGGAAAGAGAAUCAGAAGACGAAAACGAGGAAGAAGAUGAAACGUAACAGUGGAUUAUUGACACGCAUUUAUUAGUUAAUCAAAAUCAAUUUUGACCGUGAAAAAAGUAUCUAUAUAUACGCUAUUUUACGUUUCAUCGGAUUAGAUUGGUAGUGUCCGCGAAAAUUAUCAUGAAAUCAUCUGCAUUCAAUAGAUCACGAUCAGAAAAUGAUUUUUCCACCGUCAAAUUGCACGAACUUGAUGAUUUAUUAAAUGGGAAGCGAAUGAAAUUGUCGAAGACGUCGUUUCAACUAAACGACGUUGAAGAUUGUUUGAAAAGUAAUGAAUCGGAAGAAGAGAAGACCAAUUAUUUUCCGAAUUGUGAUUCGUCCGUAUGGAUGAGAUCUUGCAAAAAUGAAGUGAUAGAACCGAUUUCUGGUAAGAUAACAGGAAAAAUACCACAUUGGUUGAAAGGAACUUUGCUAAGAAAUGGACCAGGUAGUUUACAAGUCGGAGAAUACACUUUCAACCAUCUGUUCGAUAGUUCAGCUUUAUUGCAUCGAUUUGCAAUUGCUAACGGAGAAGUAACCUAUCAAUGCAGAUUCGUUCAGACGGACGUAUAUAAAAAGAACAAUGCUGCUCAAAGGAUAGUAGUUACUGAAUUUGGCACCAAAGCAGUACCAGAUCCUUGCAGAAAUAUUUUUCAAAAAGUCGCAGCUGUAUUCAAACCCGAGAAUGACUCUGAUAAUUCUAUGAUAUCCAUAUAUCCCUUUUGCGAUGAGUAUUAUACGUUUGCGGAAUCGGCAGUGAUUCAUCGUAUCGAUCCGAAAACAUUGGAAACUACAGGCAAGGUGAAUGUGUCUGAUUACGUUGGAAUUGUAAAUCACACGUCUCAUCCUCACGUAAUGAACGAUGGUACCGUUUAUAAUUUAGGAUUGAGCGUGACAUCACGAGGACCGCAAUACAAUAUCAUAUGCUUUUCACCCAAUCAAAUUAUCAUUGAUGACUCAGGUGAAGAAAAAGAAUUAUCCAUGUUUGAUCAAGCUACCAUUAUUGCCAGUGUUCCGUCACGAUGGUUGUUGAAUCCUUCUUACAUGCAUACCUUUGGCAUCACUGAAAAUUAUUUCAUCAUCGUAGAACAACCAUUGUCGGUAUCUCUGACCACUAUAGUAUCUUGCAAAAUGAAACAACAACCGAUGUGUGCAGCUUUAAAGUGGUAUGAGAAUGAAAAUACUCUCAUACAUUUGAUUUCGAGAGAGACAGGAUUAUUAGAGAGGACGUUUAUUUCAGAGGCAUUUUUUUACCUUCAUAUCAUAAAUCAAUUUGAAACACGUGAUCGUGAUUACGUGGUACUGGAUAUUUGCUGCUAUCGCGAUGCAAAAAUGUUAGACUGUUUAUUCGUAGAUGCGAUGAAGAAUUUGCAUAAGAAUCCUGAUUAUGCUAAAAUGUUUCGUGGCAGACCUUUGCGAUUCAUUUUACCAAUGAAACGUCCACAGCCGGACGUACCAUUGGAAUAUAAUUUGAUUACCGCAAAAACAGUGAACCAAGGUCUGGAGUCAUUCCAAAAUGACUCUGUCACAAGUCAGAAUAAAUCUGGGUCAGAGUUGGUUAAAACAUCGAUAAAUGAUACUAACAAAGACAAAAGGAACGAUUACCAGAAUAUUCUGAGGCGAAGAGCAACUGCUCAUAAACUUGCGAAUGGUGAUAUUUUUGUGAAACCGGAACUUCUUUGCGAUUUGGGCUGUGAAACGCCACGUCUCAACUACGACUCCUAUCUUGGAAGGGAGUAUCGAUAUUUUUAUGCCAUUUCUAGUGACGUGGACUUAGAAAAUCCUGGAACGAUUAUCAAGGUGGAUAUCUUGGAGAAAACGAGAAAAACUUGGUGCGAGAAAAAUGUUUAUCCGAGUGAACCGGUUUUCGUACCGGAUCCUAAUGGCAAGAACGAAGACGACGGCGUGGUUCUUUGCUCUAUUGUUUGGUCUGAUAAAGAGACACGCGUUGGAUUGCUGAUUCUAGACAGCGUGACUCUUAGGGAAAUCGCUAGAGCCAUCUUUGAGACUUCUGGCCCGGUGCCAAAGUGCUUACAUGGCUGGUUUACCUUGGACAAGUAAAAUAAACUGGGACUUCUAAGAGACGGAUAUCGGAUCUUUGGUUCAUCGAUGGAAAUGAAAUAUUGAUCUGGAUGUUAUGCGAUAUGUAUUAUAUCAAAUUGUCGAUAUAUUUUUAUCAUAUAAUAUCUAUAUUUUUCAGCUCCAUUUUGUUGGCUUGAUUAUUGUCUCGUUAGUAGCUUCGGAAUUAAAAACAUUGCUCUACGAACGAUUCUUUUAGCAAUGAAAUUGCGAUAUUAAGAAAAAUAUAUGUUAUAUGUUUAUAUAAUAUAUAUAUAUAUAUAUAUAUAUGUAUAUAUUAACUGCACAAUAUGUAUACAAUAUAAUAAAUUAUUUAAUGUUUUCUCCCGAUUGUACAGUGUAACUCAUAUUUGGCGAUUAAUGUGUCAUAAAGCUUCGAUGACAUGUAACGCAAUAAAUUUACAAUAAAAUGGGAUGCAGUCGUGA